AUGAUUAAACAUAAUUCAGAUUCAUUUGUAUGUUGGUUUUGUGAAAAAAAUUUAUUAAAUAAUCGUUAUGUAAUUAAAGAUAAUUUUGCUAUUUGUUUAUUUUGUUUUGAAGAAAAAUAUUCUAAUCAUUGUUUUCAAUGUAAUCAAAUUAUUGGUAUUGAAAUGCAAGGAAGUAUAUUUAAAGAUAAAACUUGGCAUAAUACUUGUUUUAAUUGUUCUAUUUGUAAUUUAUCUUUAAUAAAUAAGAAAUUUGCUUAUCAAAAUAAUAAAUUAUAUUGUCGUCAUUGUUUUAUUGAUGAAUUUGCUCAACGAUGUUAUCGUUGUAAUCGAUCAUUAGAACCGGGUGAUAAAUGUAUACAAUAUGAUAAAAAUUUAUAUCAUAAAUCUUGUUUUAUAUGUAAUGUUUGUCAAAAACAAUUAAUUAAUGAAAAUUUUCGAUAUCGCGAUCAAUAUAUUUUUUGUCUUUCAUGUUAUAUGAAUAUUAUCGCUAUUUAUUGUAUCAAAUGUCACAAAGCAAUUGCAAACGAUGGUAUAGUCUAUCAUAAUCAUCCAUUUCAUCAGGAAUGUUUCGUAUGUACACAUUGUUCUAUACCAUUAGGAAAUCAACGUUAUAUUGAAUAUAAUAAUGAUGCUUACUGUUCAAAUUGUUCGUCAAAUCUAUUUAUUAAAACAACAAAUUUAACUACACAAUAG